GAUCGAGGCUGGACUGGCCGCGGCUGAACUGGGUGCGGGAACAGAAACCUGCACUUGGGUCGAUGUGCCUCCCCUUGUUUAGAUGUUAGCAGCGCGGCUCUGCGUUCCCCCCAAACGCGCUGAUCUCUGCUAUCAGCCCGGGUCUUUUACCCCCGCAUUUACAACAAACCCCCAGCUCAGCCAUGGGCCCCCCUCCGUCUCCUGGCCACGUUAUGGAUCGCACCCCAAAUAAAGCGCUCGUCGCUUGAGACGGAAACAUAACAGGCUUGUUUUUUGGGAGUGACUCACCUCCCCUUCCCCAGAGUUUGAUUCAAAAAGAGUUCAGAACCAAGAUGGCCGCCGAUCCCAUGCAGGCUGGCAUGGUUUCGGAGCAACUGGGCCUGGGGCACAACCUUGACCUGUCUGACACCAUGGUGCAACAGAAGCUAGAUGAAAUCAAGGAGCAGAUCAAGAGGGAAAUCCGCAAAGAGCUGAAGAUCAAAGAGGGAGUGGAAAACCUUAGAAAGGUCACCACAGAAAAAAAGAGACUGGCAUAUGUUGAUAAUAUGCUUAAGAAGUCCAACAAGAAGCUCGAGGAGCUGCAUCAAGAGCUGCAAGAGCUCAACGCUCAUAUUGUGGUGAAGGAUCCAGAGGAUCUUCUCUUGGAGUGCCCACUUACGCUGGACAGCCCUAAAAGUGAAUCACGUACAUGCACUAGCAGCAGUAGACUAGCAGCCCUGAAGAAACAGAACGACAUUGAGCUGAAGGUGAAGCAGGGGGCCGAGAACAUGAUCCAGAUGUAUUCAAAUGGCUCCUCGAAGGACAGAAAACUUCUUGCGACGGCACAGCAAAUGCUUCAAGACAGCAAAACCAAGAUCGAGUUCAUCCGAAUGCAGAUCCUCAAAGCCAGCCAGACCAGCGAGCUCAGUUUUGACAACAAUGAUGUCAUCGCCAAACCCAUCAUCAGUCCGCUGGACCUGCGGGUGGAGGAGCUCUGCCAUCACACACGCAUAGAGUUCGCUGUAGCCGAAGGAGCCAAGAACGUCAUGAAGCUGCUGGGCUCCGGCAAACUGGCAGAGAAGAGGGCUCAUUCAGAGGCCCAAGCCAGAUUCAAUGAGUCCAGUCAGAAGCUGGAUUUGUUGAAGUAUUCCCUGGAGCAGAGACUCAAUGAGCUUCCCAAGAACCACCCGAAGUGCAGUUUGAUCAUGGAGGAGCUAUCUCUGAUGUCCUCUCCGGCUCUCAGUCCUCGCCAGAGCUUCAUAUCCACCCAAAACCACAACAGCACUGUGAAGAACCAGUACAGCACCAAACCAGCAGCUCUCACAGGUAAGCUGGAGGUUCGGCUCAUGGGAUGUCAGGAUUUGUUAGAGAGUGUGCCUGGCCGCUCUAAAGCCACGUCGGUACCGCUGCCCGGUUGGAGCCCCAGUGAAACUCGCUCAUCUUUCAUGAGCCGUGGAAACCGCAGAGGAACCAGCGUUCGAAACCUCUCUAAAAAUGACGACUUGUCCAAUGAGAUUAGUGCUGUUCUGAAGCUUGACAACACUGUAGUGGGUCAAACCAGCUGGAAACCUGUCAGUAACCAGUCAUGGGACCAGAAGUUUACAUUGGAGCUUGAUCGGUCUCGUGAGCUGGAGAUCUCUGUGUAUUGGAGGGACUGGCGGUCUCUUUGUGCAGUCAAAUUCCUGCGACUCGAGGACUUCCUGGACAACCAGCGGCACGGAAUGUGCCUUUACCUUGAGCCACAAGGGACUCUGUUUGCAGAGGUGACUUUUUUUAAUCCAGUCAUUGAGCGACGAACUAAACUCCAAAGGCAGAAGAAGAUUUUUUCAAAGCAACAAGGGAGGACGUUCUUGCGGGCCCCUCAGAUGAGCAUAGGGACAUGGGGCCGACUGGUGAGGAGGGCCAUUCCUUCCCCCAAUAACUCUUUCAGUCCUCUGGCGGCAGAGACUGGACACAGCAGUCACCCUGGAACCCCUGCACUGAGGAGUGACCCAAUAGUGACAAAACUGGACUUUGACAGAGACACUACACCAAAGAAUUACUCUCCUGUUAGUGUGCGAGAAGUCCUGCCCGAGGACAAGAUCUCCAACAAAGAGCGAGAGAGGGGCGCUUUGACUGCGUUUGCCUACCGAAAUGACAGGAAUAGCAUCAUUGUACAGUCUGGCCUUGAAGAAAUAGUUGAACAUGACACUCCACCUUCAGCAUUACAGCUCAUAAAUGUCCAGAAAAGCACAGAAAUAAGGGAUGAAGAAGAACAGUUUCAUUUCAGUCUUAAAGACUUUAAAUGUGUUGCAGUAUUAGGCCGCGGUCAUUUCGGAAAGGUGUUACUAGCAGAAUACACUAUUACUGGUGAAAUGUUUGCCAUCAAGGCUCUUAAAAAGGGAGAUAUUGUAGCCCGUGAUGAGGUUGAAAGUUUGAUGUGUGAGAAGAGGAUAUUUGAGACUGUGAACAGCGUUCGGCACCCGUUCCUGGUCAAUCUAUUUGCAUGUUUCCAGACUAAGGAUCAUGUGUGUUUUGUGAUGGAGUAUGCGGCAGGAGGGGACCUUAUGAUGCACAUACACGCGGACGUGUUUUCAGAGCCACGGGCCACGUUUUAUGCAGCUUGUGUCGUUCUGGGCUUGCAGUUUUUACAUGAGCAUAAGAUUGUAUACAGGGAUCUGAAGUUGGAUAACUUACUGCUUGACACUGAGGGAUUUGUCAAGAUUGCUGACUUCGGUCUUUGCAAAGAAGGAAUGGGUUAUCGGGACAGAACCAGCACUUUUUGCGGCACUCCAGAGUUUCUGGCACCUGAGGUGUUAACUGAAACAUCCUAUACACGAGCUGUGGACUGGUGGGGCCUCGGCGUACUCAUUUUUGAGAUGCUUGUCGGAGAGUCUCCAUUUCCUGGUGAUGAUGAAGAAGAGGUGUUUGACAGCAUUGUGAAUGACGAGGUUCGCUACCCACGAGUCCUCUCAACAGAAGCCAUCUCCAUCAUGAGAAGGUUGUUAAGAAGGAAUCCAGAGAGACGGCUUGGAGCUGCUGAACGAGAUGCAGAAGAUGUGAAGAAACAUCUGUUCUUCAGAGAUAUUGACUGGGACGGAUUAUUAGCAAAGAAAGUAAAGCCACCAUUUGUACCCACGAUUCAAUGCUCCAGUGACGUUAGUAACUUUGAUGAUGAAUUUACCUCAGAGGCUCCAGUGCUGACGCCACCCAGAGAACCGCGGCCAUUAAACCAGCACGAGCAGGACCUGUUCACUGACUUUGACUACAUCGCAGACUGGUGUUAGCCAUAUGCUUGGCAUCCCCUUCCUCUCCACAAACACACACACUUGCAGAAAAUGUGAAUCAGACCUUUUGCAGAUCUCCCUAUUUCGCUGUCAGUGUUAUUUUAGAUCCCCUUUUCAGUUUUAACAUGAAGAAACUUUUAUUUUUUUAAUAAGUGUUGCCUGUAUAUUCGGGUUCAAUUAAUUAACCCAUUUUAUCAGAAAUGAUUGGAGCUAAGCACUAUGGAGGACGAAACCUGCUAAACUUAAAUGAAUAAAUAUACAAAUAUUUAAAUAAAUGAGUAAACAAAUCCAUAAAUUCCUGCAUUAAAUAAAUACAUAUGCAAAUAAAUCAAUAAAUGCAUAUAAAAGUCCACAAAUUCCUACUUAAGUAAAUAUAUAAAUAGUUAAUAGUGUGGGCAGGUAAAUAUUUAAACGAAUUACUUAAAUGUUGGGGGAGUAAGAAAAUGUUUGAGUUCUUGAACGUAGUUGCGUAUUUACGUUCCUCAGCUCAACAUGCUAAUGAGAGGCUGUCUGUCAAUCAUCAAAAGGCGGUCAAAAAAAAAAAUUAAUGCAAAUUUUCUUUAACGAUUAGCCAAUUAUGGCAUAAAGACCGCCUUCUGAUGAUUGACAGGCAGCCUCUCAUUAGCAUGUUGGCCUGGGGAAAAGUAAAUACACAACCACGUUCAGGAAAUCAAAAAACGUUUGAAAGGGAGGGCAUUGUCUUCUUCCUCCAACAUUCGUGUACUUUGUUAUUAUUGACCUGCAUGCAUUAUUAAUGAUUUAAUUAUGCAGGAAUUUGUGGAAUUUUAUAUACACUUAAUUAUUUGCAUAUUUAUUUUUAAUUAUGCAGGAAUUUAUUUAAAUAUAUUUACUCAUUUGUUUAUAUAUUUGCAUAUUUAAUUGUUUGUUUUUGCAGGUUUCGCCCUUCAUAAAUCACUGACUGAACACGAAAAUAACCAUCUGUUGUUCAGUGUAGUUUUGAGCAUGUGAAUUAUGACUCAUUGACGCCCCCUAGUGUUGUGGAAGUCACUAGGGUCACAUUAAAGGGAUAGUUCACCCUAAAUAUACUCCAACCUUUGAGUUUCUUUCUUGUGUUGAAUACAAAAGAAAGAUAUUUUGAAGUAAGCCGAAAGCUGGUCAUACUUUCAUAGUAGGAAAAACAAAUCCUAUGGAACUCAUUGGUUAUUACUGGUUUUCAGCCUUAUUCAAAAUAUGAUCUUUUGUGUUUAAACAAAACUCUUAACAGGUUUGUGACAAAUGAAGGGUCAGAAAAUGAUGGCAGAACUUAGUUCUUUGUGAACUAUCCCUUUUAACACAGUCACACUGGGGAUGAUGAGCCUUGAUUUAGGUGUUUUUUGUGUGUGUUAGAAGCAUUUACAGUGUGACUGGUUUAAAAAAAAGUCUCUCAAAUGUCUGUGUUCCUUAUUUUAAAGCCAUAGGCUGAGAUCAUGGUAUCUGAUACUUUGUAUCUCAUCCACUGAAUGUACAGUUUGCCACCAUUACCAAAACAUCUAGCCAUUUUCUACAUAAUGCAAUCCAUACUCUUCCCUACAGUGAAUAUUAAUCUACAAAGAACUCUGUGCUCUGAAACAUGAAAUGUCUUUAAUUCAGUAAAUUAUUUCUUUUUUUAUUUGCUUUUUAACCAGACUUAAGCUGUCAAUGGAUUUAUGCUGCCUUUUAAAAGUUCAUGCUCAGUGUGUUUUUGAAAGAGUUUUUCUUUUGAGGACUGGAGAACAAAUAGCUGAUAACAUUCAGCGUUGCCAUCUAAGGACAGGGUUCCCAUGCUUUUUGAAAGUGCUUGAUUUUAAGAAAUAUGAAUUCAAGGACUUAAACGUACAUCCUUGAAAGUGCUUGAAUUGAAAGUUUAUGGUGUUAUUUCAACAAUUGUUCUCUGUUGAUUUUAAAUGGAACAAAACAAACAUAGAAGCUCUUAAUUGAAAACUCUUAAAUUUAAAUCAUACACUUGAACUGACAAAUAAUGCAUUUGAAUAUUGCCAGUAUAAAUUCAACAAAUUGUAUUAAAGUUCUUUGAAUAUGACUUUUAAAGGGCUGUUUAAAAUGGUCGACCUUCAAAACAUCAUCAUCAUGAAAUUUUAAUGUAAAUAAUAAGUGUAAGUGAAAUGUUAAGUCAGGAGGGACUUUCAGGGCACUACAUAUGCUGGGGGUGUGAAUCACAAAGGUGAUAUUGGUGAUUUAAAAAGUCCUUGAAUUUGGUGUCCAUGAAAGAGCAAGUUAAUGUCCUUUUAUUAUUAAUAAUAACAAAUGCAGCCUUUGUGCAUGGGGAAACUCUCAAAAACAAAAAUCAUACUGAGCAGAAUUUUCAAAUGGUAGUGUGUGACAGGCAAUAACAUUACCUCAGUUGUUAAAGAGAAAGUUCACCCAAAAAUAAAACAUCUACUCAUGUACAUUGGUUCCAAACCUACCAAAACUGGUAUCUACUGACAUCCAUAGUAGGAAAAAAGACUAUAGAUGCCAAUGGCCAAGAGAAGAAACUCAAGCACAAUUAAAGGUGAGUAAAUGACGACAGAACUUUCAUUUCUGGGUGAACUGUCUUUUAACAUUAGCUCUAGUUGUUCCCUACUGAAAUUCAUCCAUUAAAAAAAAGCUCAUAACUAGUGGAUGAGACUUGAUAGACUGGAAUCCAUGCUAGACACCAAAUAUCCUGAAUAUACUCACUCAGAAAUGGGUCUGAAGCUUCAUAUGUGUAAAAAGCAAUCCAACCUGAGGGCUAGUUUGAGGUCUGGUGUGUUAUAUAGGCGACACUACAUAAACACUAUCAAGCUGGAAGCACUACUUUUUGUCUAAAAUAUCCAUGUUUUAUCUAAAUUGUGGGAAAAUGAUGAUGUAAAAAGGUUUUCUAUGUGUUUGAGCAUGAGGUCUCCAAUGGUACAGUCACAAGUUUGACUUGGCAACGGUGUAAAUAACAGGUUUUGCUACAAACUGUCAGCCAUCGUGAAUGCAAAAAAUUAAAUGUUUAUUAUGGAAA